AUGGGCUCCGAGGUGGCUCGGCCCCCGACCCCACCGGCUUCUUCAAGUCAGGGGUCCCCAAAGCGAGGUGUAGACCCAGAUUUAAGGUCCCCGGGAGGGCUGGCGGAGGCCCGCGCCCGGGGCCCAGGGAGCCUAGACCAAGGUCCCUUCCUCGCCGCCGCAGCAGCAGGUGGGCGAGAGCCAGGCCUCGGGCGUCUGCAAGUCUCGGACUCGGCUUUCCUUCCUCGAACCCCGUCGGACGACGAAGAAGCUACAUUUGGGGCCCAGGACUACCGGGGUGGCCUUUCUCUAGAGGAGAGGAUGGCCCCGCCGAGCCGGGUUCCCUGCCUGCUGCUGCUGCGCGGCUCGCCUCCGCCGGGGACAGCAUCUCUGUCCCCUCGCGGGCAGGCUGGACGCGGCGCGGCCCUGCGCGUGGUGCGCACCGGCGUCCCGGAGACCCGCCUCGUGGGUGUCACUGUCUGCGGGCUGGCACGCGUGGGCGUGUCUUCCCUGUCCACGAGUGUUCUCUCUAUCAUUGUCGCCUUUCGUCCGGGACGAAGGUUUCAGAAAUGGAGCCAUGGAGCAUCACAAACCAUUGUGAGAGCCAUAGCAUCUCAGAGAAGGACAAGAUCACUGAGUUCACCCGUCGGCUCAGUGCCUGUGGACACGAGGAGAGAGGCUCAGCCUAAUAGUUCCAGCCACAAGCAUUUGCUGUGUAAGUGCUGUCAUUUUGUCAUGGAUCCCUUGCAGGAACAGGGAACAGCAUUUGUCAUGCUGCUACUGUGGAUCUCUGAUGACGUCGCUAAAGAAACAUCUACACCUUUAUUUCAAACUCUCAGAAGCUUUAAGGACUGCUGCCUGUCAAGAAGAAGCUGUCGUGAAGCACAGGCUGUUGCUGUUUCACUGAACCACUCCUCGGAGGGCCCGUGGCUGCUGCGCAGAGUGAACUGCAGGACAGACAGCACUGGGCCCUAAAGGGCACCUCACCAUCUGAUGCAGUGUUAUGGGUUAUUCCUGGUAAUGGGUUCCCCUUCGUCUCUCUUCAUUAAAUUCUAAGCUACAUCUCACUACAUGUAAUUAAUGUACUCAUCAACUUUAUUUUAAAUGGAAAGGGAAAAACUAUGUUGAUAUUCCGGCUGGCAGAAUAGGAAAUAUGCCUACUGUGGAGUGUCUUUUUCUCUGAUGGAAUAUAAUCUUUAUAGUUCUCAAAUGUGAAUAUUAAUUUUGUAGUUGGAUUCCUGCUUGUAUGGCUUCUAGUUAUCUUUUAUGAGUUUUCAGGUGACUCGUGGUUUCAGAAGUGUCCAGGAGCCAUUCAUAGGCACUUGUCAAAUUCCAUAAUAAAGAAUUGGAAGCCUUCACUAGGCUAGAAACACAUCAUCAGUUGGCAAUAGACUGAUGUCCAACCCCUGAAUUUUUAACUUCUGCAGAAUUGAGAGACCCAGCAGUGGAGGGCUGCCUGGCCACUCCGAGUCUUCCGAUCUGAGAAUAGCUAUCAUCCCAGUCUCACUCUGUCCUCCGGCUGUCUGUGCUUCUCUGAGCAUCCGUAGGUGUGUUCCCUCCACACACUUCUGGUGACAUUGGUCAUGACAACCAUGAGAGUCAUGAGCAUGUCACAGCCACUGUGCUAUUACUUUAAGUCCAGUGACUUAAAUGAUUUUUGUUUCAAUGACAACCAUUUGAAAUGGGAAGUAUCAUCCCAUCUUACACAUUUCAAAAUAAGACCUUGACUAGAUUGUAUGUCUCAUCUGUGGCCACCCAGCUACUAAUGGCGAAGCAACGUUUCUGCCUACUUCCCACUCAGCCCCCAGCCUUCAACUGGGUUAUUUCCACUGAGACUCUGGCUUCCCUGAAGCAACUGUUAGAGGCUGGGGCACACGGACCACAGACAGCUUUUAAAUAUGCAAUGAUAAUUCUUGCUUACUGAGAUCUUUUUUUUUAAAACCCAUAGGAAGAGUAUAUAUUUAUUUAACAUUUGUGUGCAAUGUUUACAUUUACGAAGUGUUUUAUGGUAUAAUAGAACAGGCACAAAUUUUUAUCUGGGCAUGUAAUUGUCUUUUCUUUCAUAUUCAUUUAUUCCUUUGAUUUAUAUAAUAUGUUCUCCAUUUGGUCUUCUGAGAUCUUGUACAAUUGUAACAAAUUUAGGAUAAUAUUCAUAAAACAUUAUUUUGUAUCACUUGUACAGAAACACGAUUAAAGCCAUGCAUGUCUCUGCUCUUCAUAAAUAUUAUGCAAAAAAAUUUAUAUCAUCCCCAGAUUGUCUGUCAUAUCAGCUGUGCUAAACUUUAAAGUAUACUUUGCUCUUGGUUAUCAUUUUGCAUGUGGUAUUUGCUUUCCUGUUUCUAGGCAGUUGGGAUGCUUGGUGUUUAGGGUAAUAAACUGUUGUGAGCCUCUCCUGGUAUGCUGUGCUGUUUGCUCUGCUGAAUGUGGGGCGCAGAUCCUCUGCAGAGCGUUCGUGCUGCUCAGAAAGCUCUGCGCGGAUGGUCGCGGUGCUCUGUCUCUUCAUUUAGUCCUUAGAUGAAGGUGUACCUUUCUCACAAGAUCUGCCCAGAUCCCAAAGAAUUUCCCCACUCCACAUAUCCUAGCACUUUCCUUCGUCUUUGUUCCUUAGCAUGGAAUACUUCGUUCUAAAAAUUUUAAGAAAUUCAGGACUUGGUGAGAAAAUAUUGUAAAAUAUAUUGACAAGCCAGCAUUUUGUCAUUUUCAAGUUGCAUGAUAACUCUUUAAAUGCACCUGUUACUAGAGGACAUCUUUGGUGUGAAAUAUUUCCAAGGUCUGUGGUACACUUCCUGUGUUGUCAAGGAAUCGGAUCCUUACUGUGGCAGGGCAUGCAAAUCAUGACUAACACCAAGGGCCUCUAGGUGACCACUUUAGAGACCCCCAGUGACUGUAUGGAUAAUCCUAAAUUA